AUGGUCGUCAAAAUUCGUUUAUCCCGUUUCGGGAACCGUCACCAACCCUUCUACAACAUUGUCGUGGCGCAAGCGCGGUCAGCGCGAGACUCAAAGCCCCUGGAAGUUAUCGGAACCUACAGCCCCAUUCCCAAGAUACCAACCGGCCUUUCGGAAACGGAAGCCAAGAUAGCAAAACCCUUCAAAGAUAUUGCGCUUGAUAGGUCGCGGACGAAAUACUGGCUGGGUGUUGGUGCACAACCGAGUGAACCUGUGUGGAGAUUACUGAGCUUGGUUGGGCUCGUUGAACCUCGACUCGGCAAAAUGCGGACAAAAAAUACGGCGGAAAAGGCUAUACAAUGAUGAAUAACCUCCCCCGUGUCUUGAACAAAACAUUUAUGCCUGUAGCAGCCAGGCUGGAUUGAAGCCUUUGCUCUACUAGCUCGCCAAGCAAUCGGAGAGCUAGAAAAAUGGAAUUGCCCAACAGCAAUAUUUAUGCGCAAUAGAUGGCUGGGUACAAAGUUUAGAUUCCUCCUCCUCUCUUACAGCAUACACGCAUGUACCAAGCAUACAUUUUCUCGAGAGGGUAAUUUUCAUCAUUGUACGGCGUUGAGGCCUCUUUUAUAUUAGCUCUCUUGGUUUCGGGUAUCCUUUUUAUAUGUGUAUAUAGAAAGUUGGAUUAUUGAAUUCAAUUGUAUGAUAGAUGGAUAGUUAUGCUAGGUGGGGGAUAUUCAUGUAGAAAGAAGGCUGUGUCAUUCAUUAAGAUAAAUUGUAACGCAAAAAAAUGGCAAAAACAGAAACAGGAACUGUUAUUGAAACAGCUAUAUCCAAAUAGUUGUGGAUAGAAGUGCAGGAAUAAUGCACGUAGCUUUAGAUUCAAUAUCAGAUGAGCACCAGGCAAGGAGAAACGAUAAAGGAAAAUAUAUAGAAUAUAGGGAAAUAACUGAUAUACCCCUUCAGAAACAGGUUUGGUAUUAGUUUGUCAUAUUGAAAUUUCCAGGGAAAGUUGGGAGGUCAGAGCACUGAAGUACGGCAUACCCAAUUAGAGAGGGCGAUUAGAAACGAGUAGAGCGCCCGAACUGGAUGGCAAAAUCGUUAAAUGCUUGGAGUGAUUAUUUAACGGAUGGCGUUAACCGGGACAAGCGGAUUCUAGUUAUUAUCCUCACAUUUCGGUUAAAGCUGUGUCUCUAAUGCGGUUUUUUGAAACGUGGGUUCUGUUUUGUAGAAGACAGAAUGAUUGAAUAUUCCGUAGGUUCACUCUCUCGCUCGGUAUGGGAAACUAAAGACCAGACUUUCAAAACUAAUUCGCUGCGUAAAUGGGAAAAUGGAAAUGAGGAUUCCCCUAAUGGUUAUCAAAUUUAAUAUUGUUGCGGUUGAUUAGGUGCGGUAAACCCUGGGCUUG